GUCGAUUGUGUUCCUCGGUGGAAAGAAGUCGGUCAGGCGUGCUACACGGCUGAUCUUUUGCCAUCCGAUCCGUGUCCCUGGAUCCCCAAGACUCUUCCCUCCGAUGCUAGCGGCCGGCAACACGUCGAGAUGAAGCGCUCCUUGAACUUCAGGACGGUGCCCGACACUUUCUUUGGCGGCUUAAACUCUAAGCGCACCCCAUCCUUAGGUCGGACACAACGGUGUUGAUCCGUCGGCACGUACGUGGUCAUGACGGCCUCCUCAUCGAUCCUUCUGCACAGCUCCUCUUCACACAUGAGUUUCAACUUUUCCAGCAGGUGCUCCAUCACCAUGGCGUCGUACCCUCCACGCCGACGACCUCGACGACGCACCGCGUGCCCUUCUCCGGCAUUGGGCCAGGAGCUGAGCUCCGAAGACCGGCGACCGCGCGGCCAGGAGGAACCGGUGCCGCCGCCGGUCACGAAGAUGGCGCCGCCGCUGCCGGUCACGAUGGGCGCGUUGUCCACAUCGAGACGCAUCAUAAAGCACGCCACCGGGUCGUUCAGUUUCGAGGUGACCAACUACUCGCAGCUCAAGGACGCGGGCUUCCACGCGCGCGUCACUUCGCCCGUCUUCAGCUUCGGCGGCCAUGACUGGCAGAUCGCCUUCUACCCGGACGACGAGGACGGCCACGCCUCCUCCUACCUGCGUUAUCUCGGCCCAGCCAUGGAGGUGAGGGCCAAGUUCACGCUGAGCGUGACGGGGAAGGAGGGCCAGCCACCGCUAGUCCGCCGCGACACGCCGGAGCGCGUCUUCACUCCGGAACACUGCCGGAGAACAAGCCAGGGCUUCCUCAAAUUCGUCGCCAAGUCCAAGCUGGACGUAUCCCAUCUAUGUUGUGACUUAUUCUUCUUCUCACCCUAGCCAACAUGGUCUCGGUGCU